GGUCCAAACACACACAAAAAAACGCGAGACCCAAAUCCAAAUCCAAAUCCGCCCCCGGAGAUAUCGCCGCAUUCCUCCCCUCUCCUCCUCCCGCAGCUCGCAGCAGCCAGCUCUCUCGCCCGGAUCCGAUGGAAGGUGGCGGCGGCGUAGGUGACGCGGGGGCGGGGGACGACCCCAUGGACUUCUCGUGGACGGCGGGCUGGGAGUCGACCGCCGCGGCCUGCCCCGACGGCGGCGAUGCGCCUGCGCCCGCGCCCUCACCGGCGCCGGCGCCGCCCCCCGUCCCGUCGCCGCAGGAGACGGCGGAGUCCAUGAUCCUGGUGGCCGGGCCGCGCGUGGCCGUGAUCGGGCUGAGGCAGGGCGACUGCCGCGCAGGUGAUGAUUGUGUUAUGUUCGUUAACGCCGGUGGAUGUGCAAUCGAGGGCGGCGAUCCCUCUGUCAAGUUUUCUGGUGACACUUUCUUUGAAGGGGGAGAUGGCAUAGAGACAUCUGAGAGCAUAGCUGAAGGUGGUGAUUAUCCAUUGCUGUACAGCUCAGCGCGAUACGGCGAUUUCAGCUAUAAAUUCGAUGGUCUCGCCCCAGGAGACUAUUAUAUUGAUCUGCAUUUUGCUGAGAUAGUACAUACUGAUGGGCCAAAAGGAAUCAGGUCAUUUGAUGUCUUCGUGCAAGAUGAGAAGAUUUUGUCUGAACUUGAUGUGUUUGCGGUCGUUGGAGGCAACAGGCCCCUUCAAGUGCUUGAUAUUGGGGCUACAGUUGAUAGCAAUGAUGCUAUUGUCAUCAAUUUCAGGGGAGUAAGAGGAAACCCCAUGGUUUGUGGCAUCUGUGUUCGAAAAGCCCCAUUAUUACCAGCAGCAAAGUCGGGUACAAAUGGGAGUAUAUUGUGCAAAAGAUGUGCAACCGACGUUGAGAUUUCACCUAUUCAGAAAAGGACAGCUAAAUUGAUGAAAAAGUAUGAGAAACAGAUUGAGGAGCUAACCAGCCAAUGCAAUAUGAAGUCCGAUGAAUGCUCUAUGGCGUGGUCUUUAGUAGAAUCUACCAAUCAAGAGCUUGAGAGACUUAAGAUAGAGCUUCACCAAAAGCUUGUGCAAAGCGAUAAUUUUGAACAAGUCCUCGGUACACAAACUGACCAACUAAGGAAUGUUUCUCAUAACUAUGAAAAUGACAAGAAAUUAUGGGCUGCUGCCAUAUCUAACUUGGAAAGCAAAAUCAAGGCCAUGAAACAAGAACAUGCAUUGCUAUCUCUUGAAGCACAUGAUUGUGCAAACUCGAUUCCUGAUUUGAGUAAGAUGAUUGGUGCUGUUCAAGGCCUAGUUGCACAGUGCGAGGAUUUGAAAAUGAAGUACAAUGAAGAGAUGGCCAAGAGAAAGAAACUUCAUAAUAUUGUCCAGGAGACGAAAGGCAAUAUCAGGGUUUUCUGUCGAUGCCGUCCCUUAAGCAAAGCUGAGACAUCAUCAGGUUACAAAUGUGUAGUGGAUUUUGAUGGAGCAAAUGAUGGUGACAUCGGGAUUAUAAAUGGUGGACCAUCAAAAAAGACAUUCAAGUUUGACAGAGUCUAUACACCCAAGGAUGAUCAAGCUGAGGUGUACACCGAUGCAUCUCCACUUGUUACGUCAGUUUUAGAUGGAUACAAUGUAUGCAUAUUUGCAUAUGGACAAACAGGAACUGGGAAAACCUUCACCAUGGAAGGGACGGAAAGGAACAGAGGAGUAAACUACAGAACUCUGGAAGAGUUGUUCAGAAUCGCAGAGGAGAGGAAAGAAUCUGUCACAUACAGCAUAUCUGUCAGUGUGCUUGAGGUUUACAAUGAGCAAAUCAGAGACCUGCUUGCAACAUCCCCGUCAUCUAAGAAAUUGGAAAUCAAACAAGCAGGUGAAGGAUCUCAUCAUGUGCCUGGCAUAGUUGAGGCGAAAGUCGAGAGCAUAGAUGAAGUUUGGGAUGUCUUACAAACAGGAAGCAAUGCAAGGGCUGUAGGGUCAAAUAAUGUGAAUGAGCACAGCAGUCGCUCACACUGCCUGCUUUGCAUCAUGGUGAGAGCGAAGAACCUGGUUAAUGGAGACUGUACAAGAAGUAAGCUCUGGCUAGUAGAUUUGGCUGGAAGUGAGCGCUUAGGUAAGACUGAUGCGCAAGGUGACCGGCUUAAGGAAGCACAAAAUAUUAAUAAGUCGCUUUCUGCUCUUGGCGAUGUUAUUUCAGCUCUUGCUUCCAGAAGCAGCCACAUUCCCUACAGGAAUUCCAAGUUGACACACUUGCUCCAGGAUUCUUUAGGUGGGGACUCGAAAGCAUUAAUGUUUGUGCAAAUUAGCCCAUCUGACAAUGAUGUGUCGGAAACUUUGAGUUCAUUGAACUUUGCUAGCCGUGUUCGUGGUAUAGAAUUGGGUCCAGCAAAAAAACAGGUUGACACUGUUGAACUUCAGAAAGUCAAACAGAUGCUUGAAAGAUCUAAGCAGGAAGUCAGACUUAAGGAUGAUUCUUUGAGAAAGCUUGAAGAAAACUGCCAAAAUUUAGAGCACAAAGCAAAAGGAAAAGAGCACCUUUACAAAAAUUUGCAAGAAAAGGUAAAAGAGCUUGAAAGCCAGCUAGAUUCUAAGACACAUUCUCAAAUUACAUCUGAGAAGCAGCAUUAUCAGCUUUCUGGAAAGCUUAAGGACAAAGAAGAGAUGUGCACUGCCCUUCAGCAGAAGAUAGUGGAGCUGGAGCGCAAACUUCGACAGCAGCACCAAUCAGACUCUGAGGUUGCAAUUCUUAAGCAAACGAUUGAAGAGCUGGAGCUCAAGCUAAAGGAACAGGAACAACAAAGAGCAGUUGCAGAGUCAAAGGCAAGGGAAAUAGGACAAGAACUGUUAGAAGCACAGAAAACAGAAUCAAUGCUUCAGAACAAGCUACUAGAUGUUGAGAAGAACUUGCAAGAGAGGACAACACUCCAACUCACAAACACGACGCUUGAUUCCUCCAAUUCUGCAAUAAUGGUUGCUACUACCCCUGGAACUACAACGGCACAACCUAUAGUACGAGAGGAGGCAAUGAGCGAGAAGGAUCAUCAUCGCAUCCUGAGAAGUUCAGAUUCUGCUAACAAGCGAGUCGCCAGCAAUCCUUCCCUUCCCCCUGCACCCCCGGAGGUUGUCAACGAGAAGAAGAGGAAAGGAGAAGCGAGGAACACGGUGUCGAUUGGCGGGGAUGAACAGGAGAACAACAACCCAGCUGCUGUCAGCCAGAACGCUGCAAGGAAGAGGAGCCUGCAGGGCGAACCGCGGUCGAAGAGGACGUCGACCGAGCCUCAGACGAAGGCCCUAAUGAGGCCAACGGCGGCAGCAGCCUCUCGGGCGGCCAGCGCUGCUGCCGCACAGAAGACGGUUCCUGGCUCGAGAGCCAGCAGGCCGCAGCAGCCGGCAACAGGCGGCAACAAGACCAGAGGCUGGGUCAGGUAGACGUGCGUGCCUGAGACUUGAGAGGCCGAUCAGUCGAUCAGUGCAUGUGUCUGGUGUUGUCCGUGUUGUAGUAGACGCCACUGUUACUGACUGACUGCAGUAUGAAUAUGGACUCUGUCUGACUUGUAGGUCGGCGGUGUUACGGCGUCGUUUGUUGUACUUUGAUGCAAAAAAAGGCUCAACUCUUAGCUGAGCCGUGCUGCAGACAUCCUGCGGUUGAAUCAUGACACGUGAUUGUAUCCUAACAUUGCUGUGUAAUGACCUAUUAUUGCCAGGGAUCGAUUGCAGUUGCAGAGUUGGCUA